AGCAGUUCCCUGUGUAGGAGGGAGCCCAUCGGAGGAUUGACACUCGGCCCAGUGAAGCGCGUGGGGGUAGACCCACAAACCGCCGCUCCUCAUUGAUCGGCUCUCCCCGCCGGACAAAAUGGAUAGCCUGAAUUCGCUGGAGUCCAUUUACCAGGAGUACGGAAGUGCGCCCAGGUAUUAUGAGGCGAAUGAUUCUUUGAGCGGAGAGUCCAAUGAAGAAUCGGACAGCUCCGAAAAAAGGAAAAGCCUCAACGAAAACGUGAGCAAUGAAGAGAGCCAAAGAGUGGAAAAGUACAUCAGCCUCGAAAAAACAGCCAAAAUCUGGGCAGGCACAAACCAAGUCAUUCACUACAAGAAGAAAGAUGUGCACGAACUUCACAAAAUGAUUUACAAACAUAAUGACAAAGAAAUUAACCUUUCCACAAAUAAAAAAAUUUUAAACAUAAAUAAUAACAAACUGGAAAGCACAGAGUUCUUGAAGGACCUCCUAAAUUACAUCUACCAACAGAAGGGCAUGCAAAUGUCCAGUGACUACUACUCCGGCAUCAUUUGCCUCGACAUAUCAUUCAAUGAUCUAGUUCAAGUGGGAGAUCAUUUGCUUUGCUUAAGUAACCUAAAAGUGUUGUACCUGCAUGCAAAUAAGAUAGAGAGUAUGAACGAAAUUCAGAAGGUGGCUGCUCUGCCCAAAUUGAAAAAACUCACUGUAGAGAAUAACCCCGUUAUGGAUAUCUACGGAAAGUUCUAUCGCCCCUUCGUUAUUCACUACGUGCCCCAAAUAAAGUCCCUGGAUUUUUACGACAUCACGAAAGUUGAGAGGAACAAAUCGGAGAUCGCCUUCAACACGCACAAGUAUAAGUUCAACUUGGCGUGAAGUCGGCCAGGGGGGCGCACAGCAGUGGAGAGUGCAGCAGUGGCGUAUGCAGCAGUGGCGUUUGCAGCAGUGG